AUGAUGAAAGGAUUAUCUGGCAGUCGCAGUCACCAUCAUGGGAUUGCCUGUGAACCAGCAUGUGACUCUCUGGUACAUCACUCAGACAGGAAGCCAUAUUUGUUAAAUCCUGUGGACCAUCAUCCUGCAGAUCAUUCUUACUACACUCAGAGGAACUCUUUUCAGGGAGAAUGCAUGGUUCCCUACAGUGAUCAGAUUGCCAGCAGCACAUUUCCUCGGAGACAUUACAAUUCCCAUAAUGAACUUAAAGAUGAGUGUGCUUUAGUGCCACAUGGAGCAGCCAAUAAAAGUAAUCGCAUUCCUGCCAAUCUUUUGGACCAAUUUGAAAGGCAGCUUCCUCUGAAUCGAGAUGGCUACCAUACUUUACAGUACAAAAGGACUGCUGUAGAACAUCGUAGCGAUAGUCCAGGAAGAAUUCGCCACUUAGUCCACUCUGUUCAAAAACUUUUCACCAAGUCUCAUUCUCUUGAAGGCCCCUCAAAGGGCAGCAUCAAUGGUGGCAAAGCAAGCCCAGAGGAGACUCAGACUAUGAGGUACGGCAAGCGUAGCAAGAGCAAAGACAGGAGAUCAGAUGGAAAAUCCAGGUCAAAUGCAUCAGGAUGGUGGAGUUCAGAUGACAACUUGGACAACGAUGUUUGUAUUUACCAUGGACCAAAUGCAGUUAUGACUAUGGGAAGAUGCCCUGACCGUUCUACUUCUCAAUACUUUAUGGAAGCCUAUAACACUCUUAGUGAACAUACUGUGAAGCCUUCCAGAAGCAAUAAUGAUGUCAAAUGUUCCACCUGUGCAAACCUGCCAGUAAAUUUGGAUGCUCAGUUAAUGAAAAAAAGCUCCUGGUCCUCCACACUGACAGUGAGCAGAGCCCGUGAAGUUUACCAAAAAGCUUCCAUGAACAUGGACCAGACAGUGGUGAAAUCAGAAACAUGCCAACAAGAGCGGUCUUGCCAGUAUCUUCAGGUUCCCCAGGAUGAAUGGUCUGGGUAUACUCCGCGUGGCAAAGAUGAUGAAAUCCCAUGCCGGCGAAUGCGAAGUGGCAGUUACAUCAAAGCCAUGGGAGACGAUGACAGUGGGGACUCUGACACCAGCCCAAAGCCAUCUCCCAAGAUUGCAGCACGAAGGGAAAGCUAUCUCAAGGCCACCCAGCCAUCACUUACAGAACUCACCACCCUCAAGAUAUCUAGUGAACAUUCUCCAAAGCUUCAGAUCCGAAGCCACAGCUACUUGAGGGCAGUGAGUGAAGUUUCAAUCAACAGAAGUUUGGAUAGCCUGGACCCUGCAGCUCUGCUUACUUCUCCCAAAUUCCGAUCACGAAAUGAGAGCUACAUGCGGGCCAUGAGCACUAUUAGUCAGGUGAGUGAGAUGGAAGUAAAUGGUCAGUUUGAAUCAGUCUGCGAGUCCGUAUUCAGCGAACUAGAGUCUCAGGCAGUAGAGGCCCUGGAUCUGCCAAUGCCAGGCUGCUUCCGCAUGAGGAGCCACAGUUACGUGAGGGCAAUCGAAAAGGGAUGUUCCCAAGAUGAUGAGUGUUUGUCGCUGAGGUCUUCAUCUCCACCACGCACAACCACCACCGUGAGGACCAUUCAAAGCAGCACGGUUUCUUCUUGCAUUACCACAUAUAAGAAGACACCACCUCCAGUCCCACCAAGAACCACCACCAAACCUUUUAUCUCUAUCACAGCUCAGAGCAGCACAGAAUCUGCUCAAGAUGCCUACAUGGAUGGACAUGGACAAAGGGGUGACAUCAUCAGUCAGUCGGGACUUAGCAACUCCACAGAAAGCUUGGACAGUAUGAAGGCACUGACAGCUGCCAUUGAAGCUGCCAAUGCACAGAUCCAUGGCCCGGCCAGCCAGCACAUGGGCAGCAACACUGCGACCGUCACCACCACAACCACUGUUGCCACUGUUACUGCAGACGAGCGAAAGAGAGAUUAUUUCAAGAAAAACAGAUGCCUGUCCAUUGGCAUACAGGUUGAUGGUGGAGAGGAAUCCUCUAGCUCAAGUGAAACCCGAGCAACCAGUAAGUUCCAAUCCAUUGGUGUUCAAGUAGAGGAGGAGAAGUGUUUCCGCAGGUUCACACGGUCAAAUAGCGUUACAACAGCAGUUCAAGCAGAUAUGGAUUUUCAUGAGAACUUUGAAAUGUCCAUGGACCCUCAAGAAGACCAUUCAUAUCCUAGCCAAAUGUUAAGACAGUAUUCUCGAGAUGCCAGCACUUCCACUGUAAGCAUACAGGGCUCAGGAAACCAUUAUCAUGCAUGUGCAGUGGAUGACGACUUUGAUACGGAUUUUGAUCCUUCAAUUUUACCUCCACCGGAUCCCUGGAUUGAUUCUAUAACAGAAGAUCCCAUUGAAGCUGUUCAAAGGUCAGUGUGUCAAAGAGAUGGACACUGGUUCUUGAAGCUCCUACAAGCAGAAAGAGAGCGCAUGGAAGGUUGGUGCCAACAGAUGGAGAGAGAAGAACAAGAAAACCACCUGCCUGAAGAAAUUCUAGGUAAAAUACGAACUGCAGUGGGCAGUGCUCAGCUUCUCAUGGCACAGAAAUUUUACCAGUUCAGAGAACUGUGUGAAGAAAACCUGAAUCCCAAUGCACAUCCAAGACCAGCCUCCCAGGAUUUAGCAGGGUUUUGGGAUAUGCUGCAGUUAUCCAUAGAAAAUAUUAGUAUGAAAUUUGAUGAACUUCAUCAGUUAAAGGCCAAUAAUUGGAAACAGAUGGAUCCGCAUGACAAGAAGGAGAGAAGGGCCCCUCCUCCAGUGCCAAAGAAGCCAUCGAAAGGUCAGGUGCCACUCAUACGGGAACGCUCCUUGGAGAGCUCACAGCGUCAAGAGGCCCGGAAACGGCUGAUGGCUGCCAAACGAGCUGCGUCUGUCCGUCAGAACUCAGCCACUGAAAGCGCCGAAAGCAUUGAGAUUUACAUCCCCGAAGCCCAGACCAGGCUAUGAAGGGAUCCAACCAGGAGGACUCUUAAUGGCAAGAAACAUCUCUUGUAUAAUCUGCCCUUCUAGGUCCAUGCUCAGAGACACCAAUAAGUAUUUGUAUUCCCCUCCCUUCCUUUAUCUCUCCCUUCUCUCCCAAUGAAGUAACACUUCUGUGGCGUAAUUGUCAGUCCUCGAAGAGAUUUUCGCUAACACCCCUUGCUUUCUAAAGGUUUGCCCAUGUCAACCUAAUGCUUUGUCAAAUGUACCGAUGCUGCCACCUCGCCUCAUGUAAAGAAUCCCACAGACACACAAAUGAACACUCUUGUGCGUGCACACACACACAUGUACAGUAGAUUCACCAAUUUAUUAAUUCUUGGUCCUUAAAGCUAGUCUGUUAUCUAGUGUACAGCAAUAUUAAAUCAUAUGGUAUUUUGGAAAUCCAGUAUUGCAGGGUAAACCUUUGAGAUUCUGUUGUCUUCCUCAUUCAUGAUAAAAGAGCUCUAGCUCAGAAUCCCUUCUUUAUAUAAUUAUUGUUUUUCUAAAAAAAGAAAAAAAAUCAGAUGACCUGCAUUUUGUUCCUCAGAUAUCAUACCUUCUUACCUGACAAACUGGAAGGAGGUGGGGACAUAGGCAAGCUGCAGUAAAAGUCGAAGUGAGUCUUGCAGAUGAAGUAU